GAGGGAUAAUAAGCAAAAUUUUACGAAAAGAAAAAGGGGGAUACGAAAUAACCAUAGUGGAUGCAUCGAAUGAACGCCAAGUAAUUGAUAUUAUCCCUCGAGGCCUAGAACUUCUUGUUUCAGAGGGCGAAUCCACUAAACUCGAUCAACCAUUAACGAGUAAUCCUAAUGUGGGUGGAUUUGGUCAAGGGGAUGCGGAAAUA